CGGCGUGGUAUAUAAAAGCCCUCGUCCUGUAGACAGAGGUGGACAGGUGCGCACUGGGUGGAAGGGUGGUGAAAGGUAGUCAAGAUAAGCAGAAGACACCACUUUUCAAGGAUCAGGAGGAUUUUCGACUGGGUCUGUGCUUAGCGUCUCACGUGACCCAACCCACUUCUCCGCGACUGACAAAGUUCAUCGCCUGGGAGAGUCUAGAUCAAGCUGCGUCGAGUCAUCAAGAGCCAGCCUUUACGGGUUUAGAAAUUACACGCUGCAAUUAUGCUUGACUUUAUUGCAAUGAUGUAACUAGGAUUCCGCUCUUCCCAACAAAAUGUUUUCAUUCACAAGCUCUACUAUUAAGAAGUCUGGCAAGAAAUUCGCGCCAAAGGCACCUGCUCGUCGAGUUGGCGCAGGGUCGGCAACUGCAUCCAAGCCAAAAGCCGAAAUCCAAAAUGCACGCCAACCCGAGCCAGAACGCGCAGAGUCGGGGUUACCUGGGGCCUUGGAUUCAGAAUCUCAAGUGAAAACCCUAGAUGCGCCUCAGUUGCAACCAUCAAAGACGUCGCCGAUAAGCGAAUCAUCUCCUGCUCCUUUGUUACCAACCCCAAAAUCUACACCUGGGUCGUCUGUGCCAACUGUUAAAGCUACCAACAAGCGUCCUGUGUCUCGAGAUAAAUCUAAGGCUCGUGACGAAUCGACACCAAUUCCCAUUCCUAUUCCAACUUCCAGACUGCGUUAUUCCGCAACGCCAUCUUUGCCUACCGAAGCUACACCUUCUAAAACACAGGAUGUCUCACAUCUCCCACCAGCAGACGUUUCACAGGUAGACAAGGCUUUCCAAGAGAAGACUUCGCGAGAGACGACUUUGCAAGAGAAGAAACCCGAUGGUCGUGAUGGUAGAAUUCAAAGUUCUGUGUCUAUGAAAAGAACUGAGUCAGCCCAAGAUGUCAUACCUUCCGAUCGGUCCUCAGCGGUCUCAGAAGUCAGAGAAACACCUCACAUAGAAGGAAGCGAUAAGGCGACUGGCACUUCCGGACGAGCCCAGACACCUCGGGUUCCCCGGAAGAGAAGAAAGAGUUCAACUGCCACGGAAGCGACCCCGGCCAAAAAACAGAGAGCUAAAAGAAAGCGCGAACCAACCCCUGAAGAGUCAGAGCACGUUGAAAUUGCCCCCACUGUAGUAAGGAUGUCGGAAUUGUGCAAAGAUCUUAGGACGGGCAAAAAAUCGAAACGCGAGGUAGAGCUGCGUAAUUUGGAAAUAGCCGAAGCGGAACGCAAACAAAAAGCUAAAGAUGAAUCGCGCAACUCCGUUUCUACAGUCAAACAGCAAAUAGAGAAUGGGGACGGCACAGCCAAUAGUGGCGAAGCAACUACCCCCCAAAAGAGUCAGACUGGUCCGCGCAUGAGAAUUGUCAACGGCGAAAUCGUAAUUGACAACGCGUCACUUCAAGUGGAUCGCCGGGCUGAGGCGGCCAGAGACGCUGAAGAUAUGGAGGAAGUUUACGAAAGUCGACUCAGCAGGAAAAUCAAUCAAGCCACCUAUGGGCGACGCACCAAGGCAGAAUCAUGGGAUGAAGAAUUGACGGAUCUGUUUUACAGAGGUUUACGAAUGUUUGGCACUGAUUUUAUGAUGAUCAGUAAGAUGUUUCCAGGCAGAUCUCGACGUCAAAUCAAGUUGAAAUUCAACAGCGAAGAACGCCGGGAUCCUGAAAGGAUCAAAGCCACUUUAUUGGGACCCCGAGAGGCCGUUGAUAUUCAAGCCUAUUCUGAAAUGACAAAUACUAUCUAUGACGACCCGCAACUCAUCCAGCAAGAAUUGGACGAGGAUAAGAAGCGGAUCGAGGAGCAACACGCCAGAGAGAAACUUGCUCAGGAAGAACUCCUUCGUAACCCUGGCGGUUCAUCUGGCGACGCGGAUGUUGUGCAAAGUAUUGAAACCCCAGAUUCACGGACCCGUCCUCGCCCGAAGAAGAAUGCAGCCAAGAAUAUCACUGUCGGGACAGAAGAAAUUCUUGGCACUAUUGAUGAUUUUCCAUGAUUUUUUUCAACAUCUGAACUGUAUUAUUACGUGGCAAUGAAUGGUUUGGUUUCAUUAUGAUAAACGGCGUAGUGGGCUUGGGAUAGUCUAUAGACAGUAUUAGUGGCGUUUUGAGCUAUGAUUAGACCAAUAUAUUGGACUUUUCUUGCUAGUACU